UUCCAGCUCUAGAGCUCCAUCACCACUUCUGCAACACCAUUGUUUUAUUUUCAUCUUGACUUUCUUUCAAAUUUCGAACACCAAAAAUGAGAAAAAAGACAAAGCUUUCAUCUUGCUCGUCUAACGAAGAUCUUGUUGAAGAGAGAGAAGAGCUGAUGGUAUCUCUCUCUGAAAACAGAGUUUCUCUGCCCCACGUUCAAACCUCAAACACCAAAUCGAAAAAGAAAGAGGAGAAAAGCAUAAAAAUUUCUCUUUCAUCUUCUUCUCCAGCAGCAGUUGAAGAACUUGUUGAAGAGAGAGAAGAUUUCAUGGUGCUUCCCUCUGGAAACAGACGACCUAGCAGAAGCAGAGAAAAAAACCAUCUUUUGAAACCCUGUUUCACCACAUCUCAACCUACUACUCUUCCUCCUCUUACUGACUUAAAGGCUCUGUCUUUGAGUGUUUCCUUCAACGGGUGGAGGUUUCCGAACGUAAAGUUCAAGUCUUGGGCUACAAAGAUGUCUGCUUUACACGAACCCACUUGGAAAAAAGCUGGGAUUCUCCAAGCAGUGGCUGCGUCCACACUAAAAAUCAUUAAAGACACAGAUCUAGUUCUUGGUGUUGCUGAGAAAUGGUGUCCUGACACCAACACCUUUGUGUUCCCUUGGGGUGAAGCAACGGUAACAUUAGAGGAUGUGAUGGUUCUUCUAGGGUUUUCUGUUUUGGGUUCUCCUGUUUUUGCUGCUCUGGAUAGCUCAGGAGAGAAGAUUUUAAGGGAACUGGAGAAAGAAUGGGUCAAGAUUAAGAGAGAUAGAGUCAGUUUCGUAACUCAAGUUGCAUGGAUGGGGAGAUUCAUGGACAGUGGCGAUGAUGAGGACGAGCUUGAGCAUGUGGCUUUCCUUGUCUUGUGGUUAAGCUACUUUGUAUUUUCAUCACGCUAUUAUCAUAUAGAUGAGGCUGUUUUGCCUAUAGCUGUUCAUCUUUCAGAAGGUGUUAGGAUUGCUUUGGCUCCAGCUGUACUUGCUCACUUGUAUGCUGACUUAACUCUCUUGAAAGACCACACUAGAGACUCCUCUAACGACAAGAUUGAGCUGAAUGCUUUGUUUAAGUUGGUCCAAGUUUGGACAUGGGAGAGAUUCAGGGAACUAAGGCCAAAGCCUAAUCUUCUGCUACAAGGUCAGCCAAGAUUGGCUCGUUGGGAUGACGUGGAACAGGGAGACACUGAUGUGAGACAGAUACUGGACAACUCAAAGAUGGACAGUUUUGAGUGGAGACCAUUCACAAAAGCUGUGAAAAACUGGCAGCUCCCUAAGUUUUACCCUGAGAAAGCAAUGUGGGUUCCUGUUGGUCCUGAUCUUGAUGAGGAAUUCAUCUCCUUUGCUCGAUGCAUCAAGGUGUCUGAGCUUGUUGGUGGAAUGAAUUGUGUGGAACACUACUUUCCCAACGGAGUGGCUUCACAGUUUGGUCUGCUUCAGGAUGUUCCUUGUCUUGUUAACAGGAACAACCUCUCGGAGGAGGAAGCUUGGAACGAGUACGACAAGCCUAUUGAGGAUUUGACAUUGUUCAUCCCUUCACGUUCUGCGGUACCUCGUGUCACCUCAAUGUUCUGUGACUGGUGGAGGAAGCCGUUUCCACAACUCCAGCAUUCACUGAAGGGAAAGUGUGUUGGUGGUAACUGUGAUGAGACAUCUGCUUCAGGUUCUAGGAAGCGGAAUCGCAAGAAGAGAGUUUGUACUAUGGGUUGUUGUCAGACACAUGACAGUGAUGAUGAUGAAGAUCUUAGCAUUACCAUUGCUCAAAUUAGGAGAUUUAGUAUUAAGAAGUGCAGUGGUGGAGAAGAUGGUUCUGAACCGCUUGGUAAGAAGAGUAGAUUUGAGGCGGAUAACAAUGAUUUGGGCUUUCAUCAGGAGCUUGGUUUGGUAAGAGCUGAUGAAAAUGAAACUGUUCAACCACCAGAGAAAGAGCAAAGGAAUGAAGGUAAUGAUGAAACUGGGAAGGAUAUGGAUAUGAGCUCAAAUGAUGAAAACAACUCUUCAGAUCCUCCUCUUGGUUUUGAUGAUGCAACUCAUGACAUUCUUGUGUCACCACCGCCAGAGACAAGGCAAACGUGUGAUGAUGAGCUUGAUGUACAUGGAAGAAAUGUGGAGAAGAUGUCUAUGCCAGAUGAUGGCAGCAAGGAGCCAGAGUGUCUGCUUCAUGAAGAUGGUGGCAUGGCUGGAGAGAAGGCGAGCUCAGAGAAGAAAGAAAAUGACAGUUUGAUCCAGAAAAAGAUUGCAUCAAAUGCAGACAACAAUGAACCAACUCCUUAUCAAAAUCUUGCCCCGGGAGGUUCUGAAGUAGCUGGUGAGUCAAAGAGAAACGAAGAUGUUGGUGAUGAAACUGUCCUUGGAAGUGAAGAACCAUUGAAAUCCAGUGAGAAGUUAGAAAAGAGAAACGAAGAUGUUGGUGGUGGGAAUGACUCAUAUGAAAAGAGUCUACACAACGUGAAGAAGCUUGCAUCGUCGAUAGAGGGGCUGGCAUUGUCAAUAGACGAGGGUAUUGCUAAGGCUGAAAGAAAUGUGGCAUGGUUGAAAGCAAUGAGAGCCGCAAAACAGAAGAAAAUUGCAGCAGCUCGUUUGAUCUAAGGAAAGUUCAAUGAUGUUUUGGGGAGGUCAAAUGCAAGUAGAAGAAUAUCAAGUUAUCAACCAUCUAUCGUAACUGUGUUGUCUUUUCUUUAUGCUUUAGUAUCUUUUGAAAGACUGGUUUGUUUAAGUGUUUCCUUUUGUAUGUUUUGAACUCAGUUAUGAGCUUAUUGCUUCUUGCUUUUUGUAAGAUCAAAUUUGGCUU